CUAAAAACUUUAAUUAAAGCUUUAAUUAUUUCCCCAUAUUCAACAAAUGUAUACACAUCAUUUUCAAGUGAUUUAUAUUGUAUAGGAAAAGUAUCUGUUUUAUAUAAAGAUAAAAGGACAGCUUACAUGAAGGCGUUUCUUUAUAAACAUGGGACAAUAACUAACAGAAAAAAGCAGGGAUGCAACAUUAUGGAUGUGACGAGACUGGGGUGGUCCUGCACAGGGUUUGUUGUUGCCUGGAAACAGAAAUAACAAAACAACACUGACAUAGUGCCCGAGUUAAAUCUAAAACCAAAAGCAGCUAUUGCACUGAAGAUUUUAACAAAUACACCGGGCUCGUUGGAUUGAAAAACUGUAGGAAAAAUAAAUUAGUAUCUUUUUUACACCAAGGGAGUUGUUAGAAGUCCACCAGAAAACGCAACGAGCCAUAUCGCGAGAAAGCCCGAGAACAUGGUAGCAAGACAACAAAAAUAAAUUUGUGGACAACAAGCCAGAGUGCAUGAUGGCGGCGUCGCUGCUGCGCCGGGACAAGAAAGCUACUGCCGCCCACUUUAAGGCAGACUUGAACCGGACUGACAAUUCUUCCGGCGUCCGGCAACUACAGGAGCUGCUCGACGAGGUGCUAAAUCCAGAGAAACCAGCAACGGACACGGAGGCUCUUGACUGGUGUAAAUGUCUGAUUGCAGGAGGCGAAGGUUUCGAGGAGUUCUGCAAAACGGUCCGAUCCUAUGACAACGCUACUCUGUGCGGCUUGGUAUGGACCGCUAAUUUCGUGGCGUAUCGAUGCCGGACGUGUGGCAUCUCUCCGUGCAUGUCGCUGUGUGCUGAGUGCUUUAACAACGGGGACCAUACGGGCCAUGAUUUCAACAUGUUCAGGAGCCAGGCUGGCGGGGCCUGUGACUGUGGAGACAGUAAUGUCAUGCGAGAGAGUGGAUUUUGCAGACGGCAUCGGUUAAGAACUGGAGAAAAUAUACCUUUAAUACCUCGAGAUCUUCUUUUGAUGUCUGAGCUGGUUCUUCCUCGAUUUAUCCUGAGCACCAUCCAGUAUCUGAGGGAUGGAUACGUUGAGCCAGACACCUCAACAGAGAGAGAUCUUCACAAAGUUCUUCAGCAGCUGGAUCCUCAGAUCUCGUUCUUGGAGGAGCUCACAAAGAUGGGUGGAGCCAUGAGAACUGUGCUGACAAAGAUCUUGACAAAUCUGCAAACAUUCAAAGAGUUGAGCAUGGGCCAAGAAGAGAAUGCAUAUGCUAAAAACAACUACGACAAAUAUCUGUCAGCUUUGAAGAAUUCUGGCCUGGUGUCUGUGGAGGAGAAAGCCCAGGGUGCUACUGGAGAGGCUGCUGUCGGUGCAGAGGGGGGUGCAGGGGCAAUGGCCCUGUUAGGUGCCACUGCGCCUGGAAGUCCAGACGGGUCUGCCAAAGAGGAAGACCAAGAUGGAGGACAGUCAGUGGGUCAGAGGAAGAGGGUAAAGCUCAGCAGCAGUACCAAAGGUCCAAGGAUAAUUGAGUCACUGAAACACAAAUGCUUUCUGGAGGAGCUGUUGUUUUGGACAAUAAAAUAUGAGUUUCCCCAGAAGAUGGUCACUUUCCUACUGAACAUGUUGCCAGACCAAGAUUACAAGAUCAACUUUACAAAAACAUUUGUUCAGCAUUAUGCAUUCAUCAUGAAAACGCUGAUGAAGAGCCACGAGUCCGACACCAUGUCCAACCGCAUUGUACAUAUUAGUGUUCAGCUGUUCAGUAACAAGGAGCUGGCCCGACACAUGGCAGAGGAGUGUCAUCUUCUGGACAUCAUGGUCUCCGUGCUCCUCUACAUGAUGGAGAGUUGCCUUAUUAAAAGUGAACUUCAAGAUGAAGAAAACAAUCGCCACGUGGUGGUGAACUGCAGUGAGGCACUGCUGAAGAACAACACCUACUGGCCCUUAGUUAGUGAUUUUAUAAACAUCCUCUCACACCAAAGUGUAGCUAAGAAGUUCCUGGAGGACCACUCCUUGUUGAUGCUCUGGAUGAGCUUUGUGUCGUUUUUCCAGGGUAUGAACCUAAAUAAGCGAGAGUUAAAUGAACAUGUGGAAUUUGAGUCUCAGACAUACUAUGCAGCCUUUGCAGCCGAACUUGAGGCCUGUGCCCAACCAAUGUGGGGUCUGUUGGCACACUGCAAAUUCAAAGAGACUCAGGAAUAUACUAAAACUCUGGUACGCUAUUGUUUGGAGACCCUCCAGAUCUGGUUUGACGCCAUUACUUUCAUUGAUGAGCCGGCUCCAAACCAAGUUACCUUUCACCUGCCGCUGCACCGCUACUAUGCUUUGUUCCUCAGUAAGGCAAUAAAGUGCCAAGGCCUGGACCUGGACAGUCUCCUGCCUGAUCCAGAGAUGCUGAUGAAGAUUAUGGUGCACCCACUCCAGAUCCAGGCGUGUUUAUCGGAGAUCCACAGCAACAUGUGGGUCAGGAACGGGCUGCAGAUCAAAGGUCAAGCUAUGACCUACGUGCAGUCUCACUUCUGCAACUCCAUGAUUGACCCGGAUAUCUUCUUGCUCCAGGUGUGUGCGUCAAGGCUGGAUCCUGACUAUUUCAUCUCCAGUGUUUUCGAGAGGUUUAAAGUGGUCGACAUGUUGACCAUGGCUUCUCAGCAUCAGAAUGCUGUGUUGGACUCUGAGCAAGAGAGACCGAUGCUUGAAGGAGCUCUGACCUUUCUGGUCAUACUCACCAGCCUUCGUAUACACCUGGGAAUGACCGACGAUGAGAUCCUUCGGUCAGAGAUGGUCUCCCAGCUGUGUAUGAAUGACCGUACCCACAGUGCACUGCUGGACCUUAUUCCAGAGUACCCCAACCCUAAGAGUGGCAUUGGACCUGGGAGUUGUAGUUUUGAGGAGAUGCUCUCCGCUGUGGCUGAUUUCAAGGCUCCAGUGUUUGAGCCUGGAGGCUCCAUGCAGCAGGGCAUGUACACACCUAAAGCCGAGGUGUGGGAGAAGGAGUUUGACCCCAUCAUGGUCAUCCUCAGAACUGUGUAUCGACGCGAUGUCCAGUCAGCGAUGGACAGAUACUCAGCAUUCUUGAAACAAUCCGGCAUUCACACUGGCAACCCCUGGCCACCGUACAAGGAGAGAACACCUCUGCACCCCUGUUACAAAGGCCUCAUUAGGCUGCUGCACUGCAAGACGCUGCACAUUGUCAUUUUCACUCUCCUUUACAAGAUAUGGAUGGACCAUCAGAACAUGUCUGAGCAUGUGCUCUGUAUGGUGCUGUACCUGAUUGAGCUCGGACUGGACAAUCAAGUUCAAGACAACAAGGGAGAUGAGGAACCUUGCAUUGAGGAGCACUGCCACGACAGCUGGUUCCCUGGCAUUGACCUCCUCUCCAAUUUGCACCAUGUCAUCAAUUUUGUGAGGGUCCGGGUCCCUGAGACGGCUCCUGAAGUGAAGAGAGAGGCUCCGCCCAGCACCAGCACUGAAGCAUCCUCCUACGGACAGAACCUGCGUGAAGCUCAGAUGUUUAGCCUCGUGGCGGAGCGUAGGCGGAAGUUCCAGGAGAUAAUCAACCGCAGCAACACGGAAGCCGCUCAAGUCAUCAGGCCUAAGGGCUCAUCAACACGUUGGGUUCCACCUGGUUCUCCUCCCCAGAUGGUGACAGAGAUCCUAGAAAUCAGAGAAAGCAUGUUGUCCCUUCUCAUCAAGCUCCACCAGAAACUGACGUCCAAACAGAACUCUCUGUCGGCGUCCUGGCUAGAGGACAUGGACACCAGCCGUCACGGUCACGGAGACGGCAUUACCGCCAUUGAGCGCAUUCUCACCAAGGCGGCCACACGCAGCUGUCAAAUCAAGCGUAGCAUCCAGGACAUUUGUGGAAAGGUGUGUCCUCCAGUACCACCGAAGAAGAACAGUCCCACUGAUAAGAAAGCCAUGGACAAAGAGGAGAGGCGUCAAAGAGCGAGGGAGAGACAGCAGAAACUCCUCGCUGAAUUUGCCUCCAGACAGAAGAGCUUCAUGGAAACGGCAAUGGAUGUCGAAUCUCCUGAAGCGGAGGCAGCCAUGGAUUUAGGAGCAGCUGAAGUCAUGGAGUCUGAGGUUCUCUAUGAGUGUGUCAUCUGUGGUCAGAGUGGACCCUCCACUGAUGACCGGCCAAUCGGGCUGGUCGUUCUCCUACAGGCUUCCUCAGUUCUUGGUCAUCGCUGCAAAAACAAAGAGGCUAAGAAUCUACCGACGACAGAUGACGAGCACAUUUAUCCCACGGACACGUGUGGAGUGGCUCAUGACAUCAGGCUCACACUAAUGCAGCGCUUCUUCAAAGAUAGUUCUUGCCUGCAGUCUGUGUCAAUAGGUUGGGAUGGAGGUGUCUAUGUCCAGACCUGUGGACACACUUUGCAUAUAGAUUGCCACAAGUCCUACAUGGAGUCACUGAGGAAUGACCAGGUCCUCCAGGGUUUCUCUGUGGACAAGGGUGAGUUCACGUGUCCCCUCUGUCGCCAGUUUGCCAACAGUGUCCUCCCAUGUCGCCCUGGGCGGGGCACGGAGGUCGGAGGCUGGCACACGGCUACGAACAAAAAGACAAGUUUGCUGGUGAAAGAAGUGGAAGAUCUUCAGGACCAACUGGGCCUCUUCACGACUGAGUCCAACUUGAGUAAAGAGAUGGAGUUGGUCAUCAAAGACAUCAAAAACACCACGCAGAAGAAAUAUAUGGACUAUGGCAAGAACCCUGGUUCUCCUGACAAUGACUUCCUCUUCAUGUAUUCAGUAGCCAGAACUAACCUGGAGCUGGAGCUGGUGCACAGAGGAGGAAACCUGUGUUCUGGAGGAGCCAGUGCAGCUGCCAAACGCUCAUGUCUCAAUCAGCUGUUCCACGUGCUGGCCAUGCACAUGCGCCUCUACAGCAUCGACUCUGCCUAUAACCCCUGGACUAAACUGACUCAGAUUAUACAGAGCAAUGAGACAAAUAGUUUUGAUGACGAGAGACCCGAGGUGCCCAUGUUGUUUCGUGACGUGCCAUCCCUCCUCAUCAUCUUCGUGCUAACGAUGCCGCAGCCUCUGAGGAAAGAACAUUUCACCUGCGUGGUCAGGAUGCUGUACAAUCUGCAGUUCGUCCAGGCCCUGUCUACUCUGUCAACCAAGUUCAGCCCAGAGGAGAGACAAGCCUGGAGCACAUCUGGAGCUCUGAAGAAGAAUGCUGCGAACGCUGACCAGUCGUCUGAAGCUCUGCUCUGUCACGUCAUCAGCGAACUCUCCAAGGACAGGAGUGUUUUUAUGGAGAGCACGGAGGAAUCCUCAAUGCUGAGCUCCAGUGUGUGGUCCCCGCAGUCUAUCGAGUUCAACCUCCAGCAGUUCUGUUUGCCUUUCCUCCGCCUCUCCUGCCUCCUGCAGCAUCAUCUCUAUGGAGACAACCUAACUGGAUGCUCGGAGGAGGAGGAGUUUUCCUGUCUGGCUGCGUGUGUGGGGCUCUUACCCUCGGCCCCUCAGCCUUCCAACACUGUGCACAGUGCCUCAUGUCUGGAGUGGGCAGUCGGCGCCUGUGACCUGGUGUCACAGUGGUGUGCUGAGGUGACGGGGCUCUCUCAGCUGCAGACUGAGGAGUCACUGACCAUGCUUGUCCAGGAUCCUCAGUGGGCAGCCCCUCGCCUUUUGCAGCUCCCUGACAACUACAACAUCAUCUUCCAGUACUAUCACAGGAAGGCCUGCACUGCCUGCAAAAAGGUGCCAAAAGACCCUGCACUCUGCCUUGUUUGCGGCGCCUUCGUCUGUCUCAAGGGCCUGUGUUGCAAACAGCAGGGCAUUUGUGAAUGUGUAUUGCACUCUCAACACUGUGGCGCAGCUACAGGCAUCUUUCUACUAAUUAAUGCCUCAGUCAUCAUCAUUAUCCGAGGACAUCGGUUCUGCCUCUGGGGCUCGGUUUACCUCGAUGCCCAUGGAGAAGAGGACAGGGAUUUACGCCGGGGGAAACCUCUGUUCUUAUGUGAGGAGAGGUAUCGCGUGUUGGAGCUGCAGUGGGUUUCACACACCUUUGAUCACAUCAAUAAGCGUUGGGGGCCGCACUAUAAUGGACUCUAAGAUCUUCCAAAGCCCAGCUGAAAACGGC